UCCCUGAGGAGGGCGGCGGCGGCGGCGGCGGCGGCGAUGUCGGUGCAGGUGGCGGCUCCCGCCGUGGAGCUGAAGGAGCUCGGCGGCCCCAUGGACAAGGCGGCGGCGGCGGCGGCGCCCUGCGCCGAGCCGCCGGGGCGCGGUGCCGCCUGCCCGCUGCCGGCGGAGCGGGAGGCGGCGGCGUGCGGCGCGGAGCGGCCUCCGCUGAGCGGCUGCCCGGGUCUGUCAGCCGCCGCCGCCGCCGCCGCCGCCGCCAAGGUGCCGCAGGCUUCGGCCAUGAAGCGCAGCGACCCGCUCCACCCCCAGCACCGGCACCGCGACGGCGACGGCGGCGGCGCCGCGCCCGAGGCGCUCGUCAGCCCCGACGGCACCGUCACCGAGGCGCCGCGCACCGUCAAGAAGAUCCAGUUUGCUGACCAAAAGCAAGAAUUUAACAAGCGCCCAACGAAGAUCGGUCGCCGUUCGCUUUCCCGUUCCAUCUCGCAGUCAUCAACAGAUAGCUACAGCUCAGCUGCCUCCUACACCGACAGCUCUGAUGAUGAGACCUCCCCCCGAGACAAGCAGCAGAAGAACUCCAAAGGCAGCAGUGAUUUCUGCGUGAAAAACAUAAAACAGGCAGAAUUCGGGCGCCGAGAGAUUGAAAUUGCUGAGCAAGAAAUGCCUGCACUUAUGGCUUUAAGGAAGAGAGCUCAGGGAGAGAAGCCACUGGCUGGGGCCAAGAUCGUGGGCUGCACACACAUUACAGCACAGACAGCGGUACUAAUGGAGACUCUGGGUGCGCUGGGUGCACAGUGCCGAUGGGCUGCUUGCAACAUCUACUCUACUCUUAAUGAAGUAGCUGCUGCCCUGGCUGAGAGUGGGUUCCCGGUCUUUGCAUGGAAGGGAGAAUCUGAAGAUGACUUCUGGUGGUGUAUUGAUCGCUGUGUCAACGUUGAGGGAUGGCAGCCCAACAUGAUCUUGGAUGAUGGAGGAGAUCUCACCCACUGGAUUUACAAGAAAUACCCCAACAUGUUUAAGAAGAUCAAGGGCAUAGUAGAGGAGAGCGUGACUGGUGUCCACAGGCUGUACCAGUUGUCUAAAGCUGGGAAGCUAUGUGUCCCAGCCAUGAAUGUCAAUGACUCGGUCACAAAGCAGAAGUUUGACAACCUCUACUGCUGCAGAGAAUCCAUCCUGGAUGGCCUUAAAAGGACAACAGACAUGAUGUUUGGAGGAAAACAAGUAGUGGUUUGUGGCUACGGAGAGGUCGGAAAGGGCUGCUGUGCUGCUUUGAAGGCCAUGGGCUCCAUAGUGUACGUGACAGAGAUCGAUCCGAUCUGUGCCCUGCAGGCCUGCAUGGAUGGAUUCCGGCUUGUGAAACUCAAUGAGGUCAUCAGACAAGUUGACAUUGUCAUCACCUGCACAGGCAACAAGAAUGUGGUGACCAGAGAACACCUGGACCGAAUGAAGAACAGCUGCAUUGUGUGUAACAUGGGACAUUCCAACACUGAGAUCGACGUGGCAAGCUUGCGUACACCUGAGCUGACCUGGGAGAGGGUGAGAUCUCAGGUAGACCAUGUCAUCUGGCCAGAUGGGAAGAGAAUAGUCCUGCUGGCGGAGGGCCGCUUGCUGAACCUGAGCUGUUCCACCGUCCCCACCUUUGUGUUGUCCAUCACUGCAACCACUCAGGCUCUGGCUUUGAUAGAGCUGUACAAUGCUCCAGAAGGCCGCUACAAGCAAGAUGUGUAUUUGCUGCCUAAGAAAAUGGAUGAGUACGUGGCAAGUCUCCACCUCCCGACGUUUGAUGCGCACCUGACGGAGCUGACGGAUGAACAAGCGAAGUACCUGGGACUGAAUAAGAACGGGCCUUUCAAACCAAACUACUACAGGUAUUAAAUUCCUGCCACUGUAGCCAGGAGGAGUGUAAGGAACAAGAAUCCAAGUCUUUUCUCAACUACUGUACAGGAUGAAACAGUGCAAGCUUCCUAAUCUAGAGCUGGACUUGCUCACGUAGUAGACAGUGUGUUAGGUUAUUUAUUUAUUAAACUAGAAUACCGUACACGCGGCCUCUGCCACUGGUGUUUGUACUGCCACGGGACUGGGAGACGGUUCAUUUUUUCCAUUUUUCUUCUUUUUUUUUUCCUCCCAUUUUCUCUUUCCGAGGGGCCGGGAGGAUGGGCAGCAAGAGAUGCGAAGAAAGGAAGAAGCUGGGGGAAUUAAUUUGCUGCCAAGCGUUAGUCAGCUCCGAGCAGCGCGUUCUCGCUGUUCGCCCAGCGCGCGGCCGGAGGGGGAGCGCAGGCGGGGAGCCCCGAGAUCCGACUUGGAGGUCGCACGUUGCUUUUGGUUUCCUUCGUACCUGACCGUUCCUCCCGCCGGAGCAGGGGCUGUGGCCGUCGCGGGAGCUGAGGUCGCUUUGCGGGGCAGGAGGGCGUCCGCGGUUUAAUUCUUCGUGCCGCUGGGGAACGAAACCAAGGCAGUCCCUGGCCGACAGCGCGGGGAUGGCGGCGGUGGGCUGAGACCCGCCGGCGCCCCCGUCCUCGGCCGCUCCGCAGCGUUUCCCCCCUGCUUCCGACGAGCGCCCGCGUGCCGUGAUCCAGCCGUCGUCGCGGGGCUCCGGGCGGCCGCUUCGAGGGGGCUCUUCGGCCCGACGCAGCGGGAGACGGCGGCGCUGCCCGGGACGGAAGGCCAACGUUAACGCGAGGUCUUCGUCGAGCUGAGUUUCCGUCCUCGUUAAGCUCUUCGUUCUGCAGAAAGGCGCCUGUUUCAAUGGCAGCGUUUCCCAGCUUCUCACGGGAGCUCUUGGAGUUUUGUUUUUGAGUAAUACUCGUUUAGAACACCGUAAAAAUCUGGAAAUCCCCUUUGACUGCGCAAGACGAGCCCCAGAGUAGCCACCACCCCCGGCGGGUGCGCAGGGAUCAGAGCUGCCGCGCUCGCGUCCGGUCCUGAUGGGUUAGUCGGAGCCGGCGGAGAACAAACUUGUCCUGGUCACCUGUUCUAGCCCGAGAGGCCCCGCCUGCGCGCCGCGAGGGCGCGGGCCGCCUCUCCAGGCAACGUCCGAGAACUUUGCAGUUCCCACCGAGAACGUGCUGCUCCGGGAAGAUCCCAGAGGGGUUUAGGUGGCUCUUGCUGCCCCCGGGCUGGAGACCCGAGAACCUGGACGUUGCGCGGUACCCGGGCACCGCCGCCGCGCAAGGGCCUCGAUCCGGCCCCUCCGCCGCCGGGAGAAGAGGAGAGCUGGUUCAGACCUCGAGGCUGGACGUAUUUUCUCGCGCUGGAGCAGCCUGGUCUGCAACGCCAGGAGACCCCAGGGCUUCUGUUGUGGUUUGUAGGUUCGUAGUGUAAAAUCCUGCUCUCGGCACGUCGCUCACGGAAACCCCCUUGGCUUCUCGGGAGCCCGGGACUUCGCUCGUUGGCAGCGCUGCCCGAACGGGCUUUCGGCUUCCUGGGCGAAGCCCCGGGAACGUAGCGUGGAGAUCUCGGAGGUGUCCACGGCACGAGCGGGAGGAGCCGCGGCGCAGAAGAGGGCUUCAGUCCGCGCCGCCGCCUCCGCUCUCCGUGUGGCUGCAGCCUGGUUCUUAAUUCCUCGAGGCAGUUAGGAAACGUGGCCGGGGGGUCGCGUUGAGCAAGGCGGCGCCUGCAGAACGGGGUCGGGGGCGCCGCCGGUGCCGGUGCCGCGGGAGAGGCGCCCGGCGCGCGCGAGACCCCCGGAGCGGCUCGGACCCGCCGCCCUCCUGCCUGCGGCCGGCGCCUGCGGAGCCCCCGGCACCACUCGCCUCGUCAGUGACUUUUAAGCCCAAUUUAUCUUCUAGGUAGAUACGAAAAAAAGAGGAAAAAAAAUCAUCCCCAAUAGCUUUUCCCGCCUCUGUUCUCAAAGCUUUUCUCCACGCCGUUCUGCUUCUCCUGUAAGCUUUUUCGCUAGCUUGGCUUUUCCUAAUCAAUCUGGAAUCAUGUUCUGUGAUCAUCUCUAAAUUAAACGUGUAAUCAGUUUUGUUUUGUUAUUUUUUUUAUUAAUGUAACACAUUUUUAAAGAAUUAGGAAAAGGAGAUUUAGGUAACACCAGCAAAAUUGUAUAAGGAAAUUAAUUCUGUUCUGAACUUUAGCAACAAUACGACAAAACUGGCAUAAACCUGCAGUAAGGAAAUUAAAAACUUUGGAAACGUAACAUUUUCAAAAGGAUGUUUUAAAUAUUAAUGUAUGAGUGAUUGUAUUAGAUCAGCAAUAAAGACUCUGUAAUCUCAAAACACAAAUAAACCAUUGGAAAAGUGAA